AUGUCAUACCAAUACGGCAAUAUGCUUCAGCGCCCCUACGAAUGGAGCAGCAGCCACCCGGAUUACCUGUACGAUUUCGAAAAUGGAGGCUGGCCCAGAAACUACGACCUACCAGGCCCGGCCAGAUACCCGAGUCCAUACUACGGCAACGCGCAGUAUUACGGUCCGGCUGAGCGUGGCUACCACAACAACAUGUUUGAUCAGCGAUAUGAGUACAACAUGUUCGACGAAGAGAACAUGAGGGUUUGGGGGUGGCUUUGGCCUCAUUACCACACACAGACCGACCUUCUCAUGAUUGAGGCAUCCAGCAUAGUCGAAAUUAAACGCCUAGAAACGCCCCGGGGAAUCGUGAAGGAGUACUUCGGCACAAGAUACCACCUGCAGUUCCAGCGCUUCGUGGGCGACGGGUCGCACGGCGGCACCGGGGUGUUCGUGGCGGUCGACCCGGCCGGGACUGAGGGAGGCGCUGGACAAGUGUUUGGAGAAGACUCGGAUGUCGGCUGA